AUUUAUAGCAGAUCUGAGGCGUGCACGGUGUUUGACGUUUUCUUCUUUUUAAGUAGGGGGACUUCAAAAAGUCGUGGGUACCCCCCAGGCAAAGUGCAGUGGGCAGGCACCAGGGCGCGGGCGGGAGGCGAACGCUCAACCACGCGUGUCCGGGCGCAGGUGCCGGGGGCGGUGGCGGCCACUCCGCAGCGCCGGCUCCGGAGGAGAGUUCGCGGCUGAUCUCGGGAUGCCUUGCAGAUGCAAAAUGUGUCUCUGGCCAGCAGGAGGAAGGAAGAGGAAGUGAGAGCAGCGGCAGCCGGCGGCGCAGCAGCCGGCCGACCCGGAGUGUAAGUGCGUGUGUUCGGGCGAGCGAGAGCGGGCGAAGAUGGGCACGGGAUAGAGGCAGAGCCACCCACACCGCCGCGGCCCCGAGCUAGGCGACAGAAUCUCUGGCCCCCUUUCAAAGGUCGCUGGUCGUCAGAGCCCUGAUCGCUGGGAACCCUCGCCGCCGCCGCCGCCGUCCUGCGACCCCGGGCAGGUAUAGACACGUGUGGCCAUCUACACCAUAGGAUCCCGGUUCCACUGACUUUGGACAUUCUCGGGGUUUACAAUGCCGCCACCUGCGGACACUGUCAAGGUGGCCAUAGAAUGGCCGGGCGCCUACCCCAAACUCAUGGAAAUCGAUCAGAAAAAACCGCUGAGUGCAAUAAUAAAGGAAGUCUGUGAUGGGUGGUCGCUUACCAACCAUGAAUACUUUGCACUGCAGCAUGCCGAUAGUUCAAACUUCUAUAUCACGGAAAAGAAUCGCAAUGAAAUAAAAAAUGGCACUAUCCUUCGAUUAACCACAUCUCCAGCUCAAAACGCCCAGCAGCUCCAUGAACGGAUCCAGUCGGCGAGUAUGGACGCCAAGCUGGAAGCCCUGAAGGACUUGGCCAGCCUCUCCCGGGAUGUCACGUUUGCCCAGGAGUUUAUAAACCUGGAUGGCAUCUGUCUCCUCACGCAGAUGGUCGAAAGCGGCACUGAACGAUACCAGAAAUUGCAGAAGAUCAUGAAGCCUUGCUUUGGAGACAUGCUGUCCUUCACCCUGACAGCCUUUGUUGAGCUGAUGGACCACGGAAUAGUGUCCUGGGAUACGUUUUCGGUGGCAUUUAUUAAGAAGAUAGCAAGUUUUGUGAACAAGUCAGCCAUGGACAUCUCAAUCCUGCAGCGAUCCUUGGCCAUUUUGGAGUCGAUGGUGCUCAAUAGCCACGACCUGUACCAGAAGGUGGCACAGGAGAUCACUAUUGGCCAACUGAUUCCACAUCUUCAAGGGACAGAUCAAGAAAUCCAAACCUAUACCAUUGCAGUGAUUAAUGCACUUUUCCUGAAGGCUCCUGAUGAGAGGAGGCAGGAGAUGGCGAAUAUUUUGGCUCAGAAGCAACUGCGUUCCAUCAUUUUAACACAUGUCAUCCGAGCUCAGCGGGCCAUCAACAAUGAAAUGGCGCACCAGCUGUAUGUGCUGCAAGUACUUACCUUUAACCUCUUGGAAGACAGGAUGAUGACCAAGAUGGACCCCCAGGACCAGGCUCAGAGGGACAUCAUAUUUGAACUUCGAAGAAUUGCUUUUGAUGCAGAGUCUGAACCUAAUAACAGCAGUGGCAGCAUGGAGAAACGCAAAUCCAUGUACACACGGGAUUAUAAAAAACUUGGCUUCAUUAAUCAUGUCAACCCUGCCAUGGACUUUACCCAGACCCCUCCCGGGAUGUUAGCCCUGGACAACAUGCUGUACUUUGCCAAGCACCACCAGGAUGCCUACAUCCGGAUUGUACUUGAGAACAGUAGCCGAGAAGAUAAGCACGAAUGUCCCUUUGGCCGAAGUAGUAUAGAGCUGACCAAGAUGCUGUGUGAGAUCUUGAAAGUGGGCGAGCUGCCUAGUGAGACCUGCAACGACUUCCACCCGAUGUUCUUCACCCACGACAGAUCCUUUGAGGAGUUUUUCUGCAUCUGUAUCCAGCUCCUGAACAAGACAUGGAAGGAAAUGAGGGCAACUUCUGAAGACUUCAACAAGGUAAUGCAGGUGGUGAAGGAGCAGGUUAUGAGAGCUCUUACAACCAAGCCUAGCUCCCUGGACCAGUUCAAGAGCAAACUGCAGAACCUGAGCUACACUGAGAUCCUGAAAAUCCGCCAGUCUGAGAGGAUGAACCAGGAAGAUUUCCAGUCUCGCCCGAUUUUAGAACUAAAGGAGAAGAUUCAGCCAGAAAUCUUGGAGCUGAUCAAACAGCAACGCCUGAACCGCCUCGUGGAAGGGACCUGCUUUAGGAAACUCAACUGCCGGCGGAGGCAAGACAAGUUUUGGUAUUGUCGGCUUUCACCAAACCACAAGGUCCUGCAUUAUGGAGACUUGGAAGAAUGUCCUCAGGGAGAAGUGCCCCAUGACUCCUUGCAGGACAAACUGCCAGUGGCAGAUAUCAAAGCUGUGGUGACGGGAAAGGACUGCCCUCAUAUGAAAGAAAAAGGUGCCCUUAAACAAAACAAGGAGGUGCUUGAGCUUGCUUUCUCCAUCUUGUACGACUCAAACUGCCAGCUGAACUUCAUAGCUCCGGACAAGCAUGAGUACUGUAUCUGGACGGAUGGGCUGAAUGCACUGCUGGGGAAAGACAUGAUGAGUGACCUGACGCAGAAUGACUUGGACACCCUGCUCAGCAUGGAGAUCAAGCUCCGCCUCCUCGACCUGGAAAACAUUCAGAUCCCCGAUGCACCCCCACCCAUCCCCAAGGAGCCCAGCAACUAUGACUUCGUCUAUGACUGUAACUGAAGUGGCCGGGCCCAGAAGCACCCCCUUCAAAACUGGAAAAUCUAGCUAACAGGAGAGAAGAAUGAAAACACGCCCACGCCUUGGAAUCCUCUUGUGGUAAAGGGAAGCUGUGGGUCAACACUUUCUUUGGCCUCACCUCUAGCCCUGGCAUUUUUCUGCCCCUACCUGGCAUCUUGCUCACCACCCUGAUCCUGUUUCUGGACUCCAUCGCUUUAGGUCACUUCCCAUUGCUGCAGUCUACUGGUGGGAGAAGAGCAAGAUCCACUGCCAAUAAGAGAGCCAAAGGGCCCUUCCAUCCUAACCCCAGCAGGCACGUCCUUCCUUCAUGGGGUAUGAAAGCCAGCAGCACAAGACUGCCCCAAAACCUGCCCGCCAGACUGAGGGGAGUGCCCCAAGGCUUGUGUCUGGAAGAAACAGCCUCGCUACUUGAGAAGACCAAACACCACCUCCUCAUUCCCCUUCUCUCUAGAGUCGGCUUACACCACCAGUUCCAUGUGAAUUGAAAUCUGCUUUCAAAUCCCCUCCCUCUUUCAUCCCGGCCUUUGUCUUGCCCUGUUCUUCUCUGGGUUCCAAAAGCAGCAGCAGCAGCCUCAUCCUAGUUCUCGCCAGCACUCGGUCUCCCAGACACAGUCCACAGGUCCCGUGCCCACUUCGCAUCUGCAUCUGCACUGUGACCGUGGCCAACCUUCCUUUCUCGCCAGCUAGUCUUGGAUUUCCUCUCCUGGCCCCAGCCUAGACCUGCCUUCUUCAUUUCCACACACCCUCCUAGCCCCUUAGCUGAAAGCACAAAUGGUGAAAUCAGUUGUCAUGCUCCAUCUCUAACAUACUAAACCUAAAUGCCUCUAGGACCAGCAGUUGCUAUCUAAGGGUUUGGUGUUACAUUCUCCUGGGGGCUUCUGCUGCAAUACAGUUUCCACAGGAUGGUCAAGCUGUCAGACAUCCAAGUUUACAUCAGUGUAAUUAUUACAGGUGUUGACAAUUUGCAAGGGUUUGGGGUGGUUUUUUUUUUUUGCUUUGUUUUUGUAUAAAAGAGUCUAACAUUUUUUGCCAAACAGAUAUAUAUUUAAUGAAAAGAAGAGAUACAUAAAUGUGUGUACUUUCCAUUUUUUUUUUAAUUAUUUUAAUCCUAAACAUCUUCCUGAGAAUAACCUUCCCUUAAACAUGCUGUGGAAUAAAAUUAAUUGUGAUGAGUUGGGGAGCUGGUGUUUUGAUUUGGUAAAUUAAGUUCUUGCUGCUCAGUCAUCAGCAUCACCUGGGAGCUUGUUAGGACUGCAGCAUUUUCAGCUUUACCCCAGACCCACAGAAUCAGGUGGUUCGUGUGCACAUAAAGUUUGAAAAGCACUGGCCCAGGGGACUUGACCAUUGCUAGGUCAGUAUAGGCUCUAUGCAUCAAUAAAGAAUGUUGCUUCUAAGAAGACCAUUUCAACUCGCUGAGAAAAUCAGACACGCUGUGUAAAAAUAUGAUCUAUUCAUUUUGUACUAUUGCCUACUGACCAUGACUUUCUCUUUUAUUUUUUCUUCCUUACCAUUAUAUGAUUUAUGGAACUAGCCAAAUUAAACACAUCACACUUUGAGGGAGCACAUUUAGCAAAGAAAAAGAAUGCAAACCUGUAGACUGGAAAUAAGUUAAGCCAGACCAAAUAAAUUUAACUAUGAAUUAAUAAAAUAUGGGUCAGAGCCCAGCAAAGGAUUUUUCUAAGGGCAGUUCCACUGGUGGCAUGUCUGGAUCACAAAUUCCGAGAUCUGGAGGGGAUGUCAGAAAGGUCGAGCACGCAGAAUUAAGCAUGGUGCAGCAUAAGCCACUCUGGACUCGCAGCAGCAGCGUUAGAUGCCUUCAGGUCACUGCUCUUCACCAUCAUCAAGAUGUGCAAUUACAGAUUGACCUGAGUUGGAGUGACAUGGUCCACAGCCCUCCAUAAAUUGCAGGAAAAAAAAUCCUUUAUAAUCCAUAGUAAUUCAUGGGCAAUUAUGCUUCUGGUCAGAGCGCUCACACCUGAGUGUCAAUUUGACACUUCCUUUAUCAUUAAGCUUCGAUGAUGUUAACACAUAUGUCCUUCAUGGCGGGAACAUUUAUUGAUCUACCUAUCAUCAUGAUAACAUGGUAGAUGUUAGGUAAAAGAAAGCUGACAGAGUGGUACCAUUUUUUACUUAGGAGUUACCAGACUCCAUCCAUGAAAAGGAGAAUGCUCUGGACCAAGAUAUCUGAGGUCCUGGGACCUCUGAGUGUAAGAAAUCGAUCUGUUCUAUGAUCUUUGCUGGGAAGAACCAGCCCCUCUCCUAGCCCUUCUGUCUUGGUGCAUUAAAUGAAUAGUAACCUUUUAAGGGCUGUAAAAAGAGCAUUCUCCUACCUCUCCUUAGACCCUCCUCCCUCCGACUGGUGAGAUCCUGAGAGUGCGACAUCAUUGCUUCAUUUGUGGCACUGUGGUGCAGGGUUACGGUCCAUAUUUGGCUGCCUCAUCUUCUCUCCCUAGGCUGUCAAGGCCUCUUUCCCAGACAGCGAGCCUUCCACCUCCAGCAUAGCUCACGUUGCCGCAGGUUUCUAAGCCUGGAAAAAUCGGCCAAAUCCAAGGGAGCAGUGAAUUAGGAAUCCCGAUUUUGUUAUUAGGUCUAAGCUGCAUUCUCCAAUUCCACUUUACCUGAAAUAAAACUGGUCACUGAAUUUGAA